AUGCGCUGGCCAAUCCUGAUCGCUCUCUGUCUUCUUGCUCUCUUGGGGAUUUCUGCGGCCAACGAACGCCUAUGCGUGUGCCCUAGAAUCCGGAGGCCGGUCUGCGGAUCGGAUAACGUAACCUACGUCAACGAUUGCGAACUGGAAUGUCAAGCACAGGACAAACCAAUUACACAGGUCAAGGAAGGAGAAUGCUAGUAACUGGAAUGUCAAAGUACAACAAAGUAAUCGAUAUUUUUCAUUUAAUAAGCAUUUUCAAAAAAUAAAAGAGUGUACUACCCACCGGAAAAGUGAGAAGGUGGUUCUAA